CGUUACCAUUGCUCUGGUCGGAUCGUCUCGGUUGAUUCUUCUAUGCAGUGGUAUUACUUGGGUUGUGCGCUUUGUUCCAAAGCAGCCAUAGAUUAUGAUGGUGUUGACAAAUGGUGUGAUGACCACCGUCGAUUGGUGCCUCAACAAACACAGAACUUUUACAAGCUCCGGGUAACAGUUGAUGACAACACUGGAUCAGCAGCUUUUGUUCUGCUGGGUAGGGCCGCUGACCUUCUUGUGGGCUUGACUGCUAACGAUCUCUCUACCAGGUUUCCUUACCAGCGCAAUGUUUUGCCACAAGAACUCCUGGCUCUUGAAGGGCGAGACUUUACUUUUGACGUCCAGCUUCCAAAACCGGAAUAUGGGUCUCGUGGCCCCCCAGAGUUCACGGUCCUUGCUGUCACUGAACAAGAACAACCAAAUUCCUGCUCACCAGCUCUUGGUCGCCGGGCAAGAAAUGCUAUGUCCCAUACACCACCUCCUAACAGUCCUCACAAGAUGCCUCUUGCUUCUCCAUAUGUUGUUCCAACAAUGCCGAACGCUUCGGUAGACCAUGGUCCUUCUGUUGCUUCACCGAGUGGGAGUUCUCAGCUUGCAUUUUCUACUCCUCCACGUCGCCCCUAUAGCAGUAGCCGCAUCGCUGCUGUAUCUUCGCCCUCAUCUGCUGCAUUAGGAAGUUCCGUACCUUCUUCUCCCGAACUUAGUCGUACUGAGAUUGUUUCCUAUGCGCGCUCUGUAUCAGGGAACUUGCUGCGGACACUACAGAUGCUAAUGUGCAGAACAAGAACAUCAGUUCAAAGAAAGCGAAGCCGAAGAAACCAUCUGCUAAGAAGAAGAAAACUGGUGCUGCAGGUGCUGCGCGUCGUCCUACAGUUACUCUUGAAGAAACCGAUGUUCCGAUAGCGUCCCUUCAGAUCCCUGUUGGACAUCCUUUGCCAACCGAAUCGGCGAAUCCUGUCUCUGGAAAUCUUAAUGCCCUCGGUGUCAAUUUGCAGACAACAACAAUUCAGCCUUUGUCACAGCAACCUAUGUCUAUAAAUCCUGCACCUGUACGGCGCCGUCGCUUGGUUGUUUAUUCUGAUGAAGACGAACCUGUUGUCCCUUUGGAACUGCAAGACUUGGAUGUUGAACUUCCACUGCAAGAACAGCCUGUUGGAAACUCUUCGACUUAUCCUGUUCCCACUGUUGACGUUCCUUUGCCUUCUCCUCUUCUUGCUGUCCAAGAAGUUCCGCUACUUUCAGUGGGGAAAACUAAUUCUGGGAGGGCAAAGCGAAUCAGAACACCGUCUACAAAGGCCAUUGAAGCAUCUGUGGAUGCUUCUAAGAGAAAGCCAAGAACUCCAAAAUCGUCUGCUAAGGAACCUGCUAAGAAGCAACUGUUUGCUGAUUAACCGUGAUUCGCACCAUGCGCGUGCUAAUGUACCAUGUUUGUCCAGUACUGUCCCUCCCUUCCUUUUGUAGAACUGUUUAAGGGGAACACUAUUUAGCGAGUAGUGCAUUCUGUACUCUUGCCUUUUUGUCUGAAUGUUGCAACCUUUGGCACACCUGUGGUGUUCCAUUACUGGCACCACUGUUA